CAUAAACAGCCAUUUUGGAUCAGGAAGUACUGACAAAACCCGAGCCUCUUGUAUGAUUUCCGGGUGUGAUAUAUUACCAUUAACCUAGCAGCCGAGAAGUUAUCCUUGUCAGAAAUGAGUUGUAUAUGGAGACUAGAGUGAUAUUCGGGACUGAAACAAAGCACUAAGGUACUAUUGCCUGGAUGCUGUGAAAACCCUCCUACCACCACCAUUCCAGGGAGAUAACCAGAGGGAGACCCAGUAGGGCUGAGAGAGGGAUCUAGAUCAGGGACCCCUCUGACAAGAUGCCACCCCCGCCGCCCCCACCGGGGCCCCCUCCCCCGCCCACCUUUAAACAGGCCAACACGACCCCGCCCAACCUCAACAAGAAUGAGCAGAAAAACAGAGGGGCCCUUCUUGGGGAUAUUCACAAAGGAAUGAAACUCAAAAAGACAGUAACAGUGGACAAAAGCGGCCCUUUGCUAGGUCCAUCAAAACCUAGUGGAGGAGGAGGAGGAGGAGGAGGGGGAGGAGGCGGAGGAGGAGGGGGAGGAGGAGGAGGCGGCGGAGGAGGAUUUGGAGGAGGAGGAGGAGGGGGUCUUGGAGGGCUAUUUGCAGGUGGAAUGCCCAAAUUGAAGCCAUCAGGAAUGAGGGGCGGCGGAGGCGGCGGUUCAGCACAAUCAAACACACCCUCAUUACAUGCACCCUCAUCAAACCAUGUCCAUCAUAGCAACAGAGGCCUGUCAACGUCACCUCAGCCCCCAAGACACAAAUUUGGUAAUGGUGGAAAGCCCAGCGGUGGCGGACUUCCCGCUUCACGACCAUUACCCCAUCCCUCAGGGAACUCACGGCCGCUGCCCAGCCAACCACAGAACACUCACAACCCGGUGUCGGCCAGAAUUAGUAAUAAAGGCAGCAGCAAUGGGCACGGGGCAGCAGACAGAGCACCACCCCCUCCACCUCCUAGUAGUAACAGACCUAGACCCCCAUCAACAAGUUUUCCCCCUCCACCCCCAUCAUCUUUACCAUCCUCAAAACCCUCAAAUAAUUUUCCACCACCCCCUCCCACAUCAUCUAUACCCUCAAGAAAUAGUAGAGCGCCGCCUCCCCCAAAGAGAGAUCCCCCUAGUAAAGGGUCGACGCCCCCGCCCCCGCCCCCUCAAGGGAGGAUUGAUAAUAAACUAUCCAAUGGUCCCAGUACAGGUCCACCACCACCACCGCCUUCAAGGCAGCCCCCCGGUGGCAGGCCGCCCCCACCCCCAAGAGAUACCCCCAGGCCGGGGACUGCACCACCACCGCCUCCGCCUUCCAGAAGUCAAGGCCGGCCGCCGUCAACGGCUUCAAGUUCGUCGUCGAGGGCGCCGCCACCGCCGCCUAACAGAACGUCGACCGGUCAUUCUGCUCCUCCGCCCCCAUCCAGGGAUAAAGGACCAAGACCGCCGUCAAUAGUGGGAGGACCGCCCCCACCACCACCUUCUAGAGGUACACCCAGGAGUCCCCCUGCAAGGAACCCCCCUGCCAGGGAUUCAGGAAUUAUGAAUGGAACUGAUGAUUUUGAGAGUCGGUUCCGGUUUAACUCAUCCUCACGCUUCCCAACUCCUCCACCUAUGAAGAAGUUACAAAAGACGUAUCCAAGCAAACAACCAAAUAGACAAAACUCCACUGUGUACUUUACAUCCGAGCAAGCGAAUGCACAUUCCAAUGGUACAAAGAGAGGACAACCCCCUGCACCACCCAGACAAUAGGAUCUUCACUAUUUUUUAGUAGCUUAGGGAGAAUGAUGCACUUGCUCUCCACUGACAGAAAGGACCAGCAGCUGCCACGCCUAACCAUCCUAACAAUGCAGUACCACCUAAGCUGGCUGAAGAAAACAAAAUCAAAAACGAGAAAGGAGCGCCGGCAAGGUUCCUAAUGGAAUACUGUAUGCCUGUUGGAUGAACUUUUGCAAGGCAGUAAAAGCACUGGAGGGGACAAGAAUGCUAUGCCAGGUUUAAAGGCGGAGCAUAUAAAUGUGUAUAAGUGAUAUCGGAGAGAGAAGCACAGUAUUUUGGGCAAGCAGUGCUGGAGUCUUUGAUAUAUAUAUAUAUAAUGUGCUUCAAUGUUUCAGUCGAGUCAGAGAGAUUUUAUACUACUGGUAAUAUAUUUGCACUUUCUUUACAUACUCAGAAGAAGUUCCAUUAUUUAUAUUGCAAUAUUUUAGCAGAUGUGUCUUAAGAAAAAGUCAAAGGAAAGACGAUUGCAUUGCAGGAAAUCUGCUGAAUGUGAUUUAGCUGGCUCAUUCUGCGGCAUUCUGCCAAAUCAUACAACCUUGCUAUAGGCCCUCUAUUACCUAAUAUCCAGCAAGUGAAUAUAAAUACUUUGAAUUGGUUCUGGAAUCUGGAUUUUAUAUUUACCUGUAAAGCACAAUUUGGUAGCAGGGAUUGGACUUUUCAGAGUUUAUUUCAGCAUUGUCCUCUGGGAUAUGGUCAGUCUAUGUACAGUAACACCAGGACAUUUUGAGGCGUGUAACUUUGCAUUGUAUUACGGAUGGUUAUUUCCAUGGCAAGAAACUUCAAGCCGCAUAGAAGUUGGUGUCCACAUGUCUUGCAUCAUAACUUGCUGACACUAGAUUUGGUGGAAUUACCAAUGAAUGUGUCUGUGUGUGCAACAAACCUGUGGUCCCACCAGAAACUACUCCUACUUGCCUUCAUAUCUCGAGGGUGAAGGAAAUUCGAUUUUAUGAUAUGAAUUCCUUACGGUGGUGGACUAGGGGCAUUACACAAGACCUGACUGUUCCACUCUUGGUGACUGACAAGUUGACAACACCUGCUUACUUUGUUUAACACCAAAAUGGUGUUAAGUUAAAUUCUCCUUGAGAACCCACUAUUAUGAGCCUUUAACUAUUGCAAAGAUGUGAUACGUUGUCAAUUGUGAUACAUCUAUUACGCUGCUACAACUUUUGCGAAUCUGAACCACUUGUGAAAUUAUUGAACAUUUAACGCAGCCGAAAAUUCCUGGUUUUGCAGUAAUGAGAUCAGAGGAAAAAAAAAUCGGUCGGAAUAUGGAAGGAUAAAGUGAAAGGGAACAGACGACCCCCCCCCCCCUCUCCCAAAUGAAAAUAAAUAAAUGUAAGAACCAUUCACAAGAACUCUCAAGAAACUUAGUGUGGUCAUGAAUGAUCAUCGACUUUCAUUUUUACACCCUAAAAGCUUUGCCACUCGAGUACAAAUUUACGGAUCAUAAGAAAGUUGAAAUAUCCAUUUUUCACAACAACUAAAACGGAAGGAACAUCUUUUCCGAUAAUUCCGAAAAGCAGCUUCUUUUCUAGUUUGUCUUCCAGGGGCCGUUUCACAAAGUGUUUUUGCAAUGACAAAUGACAAAUAUCAGUGACAAAUCUGGUGAUUACCAAUCAGAAGCCAGGAUUUCAAUAGCUUAUAACAAAAACUGUCAUUUGUCACUGAUGACAAGUUUUGAAAAACGCCCCCCAGGUGAAAGCAAGAAGUUUUGGAGAUUUUUUAAAUUUUACUUUCAUACCCUCUUGGGUGAUGCCAAAUUCUGUUUGCAUUGAGACCUGACUUUAAGGAGCUGGUCGACAUCAAUCAUUUCUCUCGUAUAACAUGAUGUAAACUGUGAGAUAUUAUUCCAGGAAAUUUGAUAUGACUUGGCCAAAAAAAAGAGAGAAAAACUCUUAACAACGGUCAUCCAUCAUUAUUUUGAUAUUUAGGAACUUCGUUUUUUUCUUCUUCACCCGAGUUCUGAAAUGAUAAAUGCUGCUUUUGAGAUGCCUUAUCCUGGUUCUUUGAUGACGUUGUCUGCUCGGAUCUGAGUUUAAUACCAAAAACAUCUGUAUGUCAUGUUUUGUAAUCAAGCUUCCUCUAACAGACCUAUGUCAAUACAUGUAUUUCAAAUCUCAAACUUUUCCUCCCAUCACAUCUACAUGUAUUGUUGUACUCCAUUUAACUUACUUCUAGCGUAACUGGUCGUAUCAAUAUAUUGUCUGCUGAGAGCCAGUAUGAAGAACUGAGCAUAAAUUUAAUCGUAAAUAAUCUUAACUUUUACCCAUGUUCUGUAAGCAUAUGCUGAGAGAGAAGAUCUUUGGGAAACCCUAAAAAUUCUAAUCUGAGAAUGGUAUUCUAGAACUUCUCUUUAUCUUUGAAUCAGUGAAGUAUGUCCAACCUGCUUUAGUGACCACCUGUCUACAAAGACCGCAUUUUUGUUUCACUUGGAAAUGGUUUCUCAUUGAAACAUGUACUAAAGGAACCUGUCUACAAAGACCACAUGUGUGCAAAUAACAUGUUCUGUGUUUCCCUCGGGCGGUCGCUAUAGACAGGAUUGACUGUAAUUUCAAUUAUGAUUUCUCAUUGGUGUUUGCACAGAUUUAAUUUUCGUAUGCAGCUACUAACCUGUACAUGUAGGUGCCAGUGAUUAAACAUUGAUGCACGAUGAGUUCAGGGUUGUUACGACAGUCGAAGUAAUUUCAAUGAAAUCAAAGAU